AUGUUCGGCUUUGGUAACCACGAGGAGGCGGCUGACUUUGUCUACAACCAGGACCCGCAGCAGCACCAGUCCAAGUUCUCGCACGAAGCCGUUGGGUUCGGUGCGGGUUUCGUCGCCAUGCGCGAGUACGAGAAGCGCCAGGAACGCAACGGCGAACCCAUCAAGCACGGCAUGGCCAAGGAGAUCCUCGCCGGCAUCGCCGGCGCCGAAGUCGACAAGCUCUUCGAGACCAAAGGCCUCGACUUCCUCGACCGCGAGGAGGCCAAGCGCCACGCCCGCCAGCAGGCCGAACAGAUGUACGACCAGCAGUACAACUAA